GCCUGUAAUCUGACUACAGACAUUCCAUGGAAAUUUUGUCCGUGGUUUUAAGCAAAAAUAUUACCAUACAAAUGUCACAAUGGAUAUAUAAAUGGAGAAAUGGCGUAUAAAUAUAGAGAAGAACUAGUUGGAAAACGUUUUUUGUCAGUUAAAAGUUCCGGAAAGCUAAAAGUUAGUAAAAUAUCUGAGUGGGAAUGGCGCUCUGGUGUAGUACGAGCUGUUUCAAGCCGUGAAACAGGGAACACAGAGUUUACGGUAUUGGUUGAAUUUGAUGACUGUGAUUGGCAGAAACGCGAAUGGAUUAAAGUGCAUGAAGUUUUCCAGAUAUUUUGGGUAGAACAUACAUUAGUUUGGGCUUAUAGACCUGACCCUAAUAAGCCACAAACAGAAGUAAUCUGGCCAGGAUUGUCUUUCAAGCCAUUGGUUGAUAAAGCUGCUCUAGGCAACAGUAAGAGGAAACCUGUUGAAUUUUUUUUAGACAGACAUUUAGGAUUAGUUGAAGAAAAAGAAUUUCAGAUAUACCAGGAAGGGGAUGAAAAUAGACAGAAGAUAUUAGAUGUUUAUCCUGACUUGAAAAAAGAAGUGAAAAGUUGGGUAGAUUAUCAAGAUGGUCAACGCAUAAUUUUAACAACGCCUACAGUUUUAGUUGGAUAUCGUGUUGAAGUAUAUCGAGCUGAAGGUACAACACAGUGGUAUACAGCAGUUAUACAAUCAUAUAAUCAUACAACUAAGUGUUUAGCUGUAACUGAUGAUACUGUGUUAGAAGAACAUAAUGAAGAUCCAGCCCUCAUUCAGAUGCGAUUAAUUGAUGAUGGUGUCGUGGAUUUAAUUUUACGUGGUGUUGAAGUUGGAAUUGCACCAAGAAGACGACCACGCAAAGACAACAGCGCACCUAAAGAGCAACCGGCUCAUCUAGCCAGACGGCCCAACCAAGUUCUCACACCACAGCAAAUACAAACUAUCAGACCAAAUCGUAGUGCCAAAACUCGUCAGAGAAACCCAUCAGGAGGUUCAACACCAGAACCAGAGAAAAUAGUGCAAGAAAAAACAAGUAGAAAACAACCACAGGUGCAGCGUGAACGGAAAAGGCGCUCCGAUAUCAAUGAAACCAAACAGCUAACGUCUCCCAGCAAAAAGGCCAAAAGUGAAACUGCAAAAGAACAAGUGACUCCAACGCGUAAUGAUACAAACACUAAGGAAUUAAAAGUACAAGUUGAAGAUAUCGGUUUAUAUAAAAACAAUGCAGCAAGUAGUGUAAAAGAAAAAACUAAAACUAGGCGUAAUCAAAGUGGUGCUAGAACUAAUAAUAUUAAUAAUAAUAAUACUAAUAAUAAUUUGAGUAGUGGAAAUAGUAAAAACUCUAGUAACAUAUUAAAAGAAAGUAAAUCAGAACCAACUGUAAAGGUGAAGGUUAGUGCUAAAAGUAAGAGUUCUGAGAACAGGAAGUGUAAAAGUGAUAAGGUAAAAUCAGGGGAGAGUUCCAGUGAUGUCUGUAAGUCAUUAACUGAUACCGAUAAGAACUUAACUCAAAUACAGCCAGAAGAUGACUCAAAGAAAGAAAAAGAGUCAAAAGAGUCUAAAAGUAGUUCCAAAGUAACAAGUAUUUUGAAAACGUCCAAGGAUAGUGAUAAUUCAAGUGAGAUUGAAGAUAAUAUGCACUACAAAAAGCAGCUACUGUUAAAUAGUGGUUCUAAUAACAAUUCUAGUGACAGUCAUACUGGACCAUUAACAGCUAAUAUAGAUGUUAAUUUAUCUGUUAUUGAUCAGGUGACUAAAUUAGCUAAAGCUGAAAAACUUUCUUUAAAUGGUGAGGACAAAAGUGAAUCAGAAACUGUCACCAUAUCACAAAAUGCAUCUUCUAUUAUUUCACAGGAAAAAAGUGACAAAGAGGACAUGAAAACUCAGGAAAUUAAUGUGGAAAGGCCUCGUGAAACUAAUGUAGGAUUUCAGGCUUAUAUUUCGCGGAGUAAUCCUCCAACUCCAGCAAUGGAUGAGCGAUCAGACUCUCGUGCCAGUGACGAACGCUCAACAUCUAGUGGUCACCACGAAAAGAGACCCAGUUCUCAGUUUGAUGAUCUCAAAACUGCCAAGAGUAGUCCAGCAUCAAGUCCAUUAGUUAUUGAUAGACAUGAUCCUGUUUUACCGUAUCGAGACCCAGAAUUGAUGAAACAAAAUCCUGUCCAUUUUUUAGGUGGUGUUCAUAAUAUACCCAAUCAUUCAAAAUCAUUAUAUCCUACUGUUCACACACCAAUACCAGCUUCUCCAGCCGCUCUUCCUACAUCUACAUCAUUUUCAUCACAUCCAAUAUCUCGACAAAUGCUGACUUCUUUACCUAAUCAUUACCCAAUACCCCCUUCAAUGGGGGGUAUAUCACGUCCAUUGACCUUACCUCCCAGCUUCAGUCCGUUAGAUGCUACAUUAGCAGCACAUGCACAACAACAGCAGCAACUGCAUGUCAUGCAGUUACAAAAUGCACAUCUCAUGCAUUUACAGUAUCCAUUAUCAGGGCAUAGACUACAUCAAUUAGAAGUUUUAUGGCAGCAGAAAUUCUCCUCAAUACCUGUACCUCCAUCUUGGUUGUUAGUGAAACAUCAAGAUGAACUAUUGGCAGACGUUACCACCCUUCAUCAUCGGGAACGGGAAAUGGAGAGAGAACGAAUGGAACGAGAACGAGAUCGUUUAGAGAUGGAACGUUUGGAUCGAGAAUGUGUGGAAAGAGAAAGAAGAAAAGAAAGAGAGAGACAAGAGAAAGAAAGACAAGAUAAAGAACGAGAACGAUUAGAGAAAGAGAAACAAGACCAAGAGAGGUUAGAAAAAGAAAGGAUAGAGAGGAAUCGUCAGGAGCAGAAUAGAAUAAGAAGAGAAAGAGAACAGAAAUCUGAUCGAGGGCGUAUAUUACGUGAAACGGUAGAUUCAGUCGCUGCAGUUGAUCAUCAUUUCACAGAAUCUUUAAGACUGGCGAGCCAAAGGGGUUUAGGUGGCCAAUGGCCUACACCAUCCAUCACACUUGGAACAGGCAAGAUACCAAAAUCUGAAAUUCCACCACAUCACAGUAUGAUGGGAACAGAUAAACUAUUAGAUGAUAAAGAAAGGGUUAAAAGGGAAAUUGAGCGAGAAAGGUAUCAAGAUAGUGCACUCCGACAAAGUGAAGAGAAGUAUUUAGGUAACAUACCAGAAGCACAUAAGAAGAAUGAUAUAAAGAAUGAUGUUAAAUUAGAAAGUAAACCAUUGCUGUAUAAUUACAUGUAUCCUUACGGAGACACCCGGUACCCCACUUCUACAUCGUCUCAUGGUGUAAAACAAGAACAACCCAUCUUCAGUCUAUACGGUUAUCCUGCUAAUCCAUCUGUAAUUACAAAAGAUCAGUUACAUAUUUAUGGAUUAGGAAGAGAUGAAGGCAUAAAGGAUGAAAAGCCAGAUCUAAAACUAGGUCAACCUAGUCCAGCUCACAGCAACCCCAGAUCAUUAUCACCCAGAAGUAAAGAAAGUCUUCUACAUAUGAAUAAAGAUGCUAAACACCCUGGUUCUGUUAUUGUUGAUAACCGAAGUAGUAAGAGUAACAGUCCUAGCAGUCAGUAUGGGGGUUCAUUACCAGUUUCAUCCUCAUCGCCACGUCCACAACCUCGACCCGCUCAUACACCAGAACAGAGAGAUCAGACCUCUGUAAGUCCUGCAUCUGGUAUUCCUCAUCAUUUACUUUCACAUAAUCUGAUGUCGUCUGCUUCCAGCAUGAUUGGUCAGUCUCAUUCUACAGCCUUCAGAGUACUGGACAAUAAAUCAUCCAGCAGAUCACAAAGUCCAUUUAAAGCUACUAGUCAACAGUCACAUCAUCCAGCAGCCAUGGCUCAACCCAUUGAUUACUGUAAAAGUAGUAACAAAUCGAAACCUAUCACUUCGGCUGGAUCAUCUCCUACUAACCCAGGAGGAAAUCCUCCUGUCAGUUCACCAUACCACCCAUCUAUAGCUCAACCACCAGUUUCAUUACCACCCACAUCACUGGCGUACAGCUAUAGUUUAAUACAGCAAGGUCUUGUCCCUAAUCCUAUGUACAGCCACGGACCAGGUUCUGCUGCUCAGAAAGGUACCAGUCAUCAACCAGUUACAGCAUCGUCACCAACACAUUGUUAUCCUAGCAGUUCACCAUCAAAUAACAACACAACUAACAUACCAUCAGCUCCACCUGGUGCUAAACGGAAAAUAACUAAGGAUAAUGGGGUCAGGAAGCGACAAAAAGCUCAAAACGAGAUGCCUAAUAUGUCAUCUCCCUUGUCAAUACCUGUCACCACACCACAAAUCCUUACCAACCUCAACCCCUAUACCACCACUACUAGCAAUACACCAUCUCGCACAAGUGUCAUGUGUUCAGUUGCAGGAACCCAGCCUUCAACUGAUAGCACGUCAUCAGUGUUAUCAUCACCAUACAAUACGGCUAGUUAUAUGGACAGUUUCAAAUCAUUUGUAGAAAAUACAGUUCAAAGUGCAUAUCUCGAGGAGGAGAAAAAACCUCCAGAAAAAGUUGUUGAAGUCGCUCCAAAACCUACUAUUGUGAACGAAGACUCUUCUUCUUCGACAGUAACUAAUGCAAGUAAUUUAAGCAACAAUAUUGCAUCUAUAAUGGAUACUAUUAACCGUGUAGCUAACGGCCAUGCUGAUACCGAUAGUGACACAUUAAGUGCUCCAAGUCCUCCGCCUAAAUCGGAUUCCAGUCCGUUGUCCUUAUCAUCUAGUAAUCAUCGUAAUAUGAAGAAAGCCUGGUUACAGCGUCAUUCAGAUGCAUCUAAGGAAGUAAAAGAUGGUAUAGUUGUCAAUAAUAUGUCUGAUUCUGCAAUUGAUAAAGCGUCAAGUGUUGAGGCAGAGGAGACUAAUAGUGUUGAUGAAGAUAAACCAAUAUGUGAUAAUACCAGUACACAGAGUGUAACACUACCUAAUGGUAAUAUAAAUAGUCAGAAUCAUAUUGAUGAAUCUACCUCAUCGGCUUCAGAAACAGAGUCUCAGUCUGUUGAUAACACACUGCCAAAAAAGAGAGUAAAAACUAAAAAGUCAAAUAGUGGGGCUAAAAAAAUAAAAACAGAAGAUGAAUCCAGUCCUGUACCACCAAACAACCAGACACGAAAGAAACCUAAUAACAAACGCAGCAAAACUGAAGUUAAAACAGAAAAGAAACCAGAAACCAGGAAAACAACCCCUGUUGAAGAAGAGAAUUCAUGUGAUGAGAAAAUGGAUACAACAGAUAGUAAAUCUGAGGAUAAGAUGAGUAGUAAGGCAUCCAGUAUAGGUAGUCCAGCACCGUCUCAUCAUGAAUCUGAUGUUAGUAUGGAAUCAACAACUAAUUCUACAGGCAGCAACAAUACCAGUAGCAUAAAGGAGAAGAAAAAAACAACAAGACGUAGUAAAGAGAACAGUAAAGCAGUUGAAAAACAUGAAGGCUCCUUCAAUAAACCACUAGUAAAGGUGUCUCUGGCAAUAUUAAAGAGAACUUGUGAACCAUUUGUUCAAGAUGGCCCUUGUGUGGAAAUUGCUCCUAAAUUAAUGAAAUGUCGAGAAUGUAAAAUGUCUGCCACUCAACUUAGCAAGAAACAACCAAACAUAUUCUGUCGAUUUUAUGCAUUUAGGAGGUUGAAAUACAAUCCUAAAGGUGCUGUAUCUAUUUAUGGCUUUUCUGAGUUAUCAGAUGCUGAUCCAGAUGAUAUAGAACCUUGGUUACCUAGGACACCAGUUCAAAUGCCCAAGUUAGAUAUUGAAACAUCUAAAUUUAUUAUCACCAAAGUUGGAGAUAAGUUCUGUGAAUUGGUCGAACAAGAAAGAGAAUCGAUGUCAUUGGUUGGUAAAAAUGGUAAAAUAGCAUGGAAGAGAGCUGUACAAGGUGUACGUGAAAUGUGUGAUGUCUGUGAUACAACGUUAUUUAACAUGCACUGGGUGUGUAAUAAAUGUGGUUUUGUGGUCUGUCUUGAUUGUUAUAAAGCUAAAGUAAAAGGAGGGACUGAUACUAAAGUUGAUGAGGAUCAUAGAUGGCUGACUUGUAGUUCAAACAGAAGUGCUCAUGAACCCGAUAAAAUGAUGCUCACACAGAUUAUUCCUAGUGAUGCUUUAUGGGAAUUGGGUCGAUUGAUUCAUGAUAUACGAGGCAAAUGGUCAAUACCAGCUACUUGUCCCUGUGGUCAUGGCAGCGAUUCCAAGUUUCUCAAUAAAAAUGGGCUCAGUCAGCAAAUAGUAAACAGUGUCAAUAAUAAAAAGAUGGUGAAUGGUGUAGGAGAUGAUCAUCAUAAACCAACUAAGGGCAAGAAAAACAAUAAAAAUCCUGCAACAGUUAAUGGCAACAAAACAUCUACGCUGGAUAAUUAUAAUCCGGAUACAACCUCUUCACCUCUUAGCUUACUAGCUGAUGUUGCCUUUCUCGAUUCUGAAGGCAGCCGAGAUAAAAAUGAUUCCAGAAAAAAUUCACUUGAUAAAAGUGCUAUGUCUCCAAGUGCUGACUUAGACUCUGAUAAAAAGUCACAACCAAGUUGUUCUACUUUAAGAGAAUUGCUCACUAAAACAGCUGGAAAAGCUAAAGUGUCAAACGAUAACAACAAAAAGAACUCAAAACCAAAAACCAGUGGCAGCACACUCGACGAUAUCAUUCAAUCAGUUGUGGAGAAAAGUUGUCGCGAUAGUGAAACCCAGCCGUUUAAAUUCAUGCAUUAUAUUCCGAGAUUAGGAGGCUGGAAGCGUGAUAUACCUAUAGCUGUUCAUAACUUAACAGAAACAAGUGUUCUUUAUCCCGAUGUACCUCAUUCCUGGCUUUGUGAUGGUCGUUUACUACGUCUUCAUGAUCCAAAACACAAGGGAAAUCUGAAAAUAUUUCAAGAACAGUGGAAACGUGGACAGCCUGUGCUUGUUUCGGGUACCAGUAAAUAUGUUAACCUGGAUCUAUGGAGACCGGAAUCAUUCAGUAAAGAAUUUGGUCAUAUUGAUAACGAUUUGGUUAAUUGUAGAAGUGGUAACGUCAUCAUUGGUCAUCCUAUGUGUGAUUUCUGGGAUGGCUUCGAAUAUUUGAAUAAACGUCCAACAGAUGAUGAAGAUGAACCAAUGUUAUUAAAGUUAAAAGAUUGGCCACCAGGGGAUGAUUUUAGUGAUUUAUUACCAACGAGAUUUCAUGAUUUAAUGCAGGCCUUACCACUUCCAGAUUAUACACAUCGUCAAGGCAAACUUAAUCUAGCUUCUCGUCUGCCAGAUUUCUUGGUUCGUCCGGAUUUAGGACCCAAGAUGUACAACGCUUAUGGUUCUUCUCAGUUUCCUUCUGAAGGAACAACUAAUCUACAUCUGGAUAUUUCGGAUGCUGUUAAUGUUAUGGUGUAUGUUGGAGUACCUUGUGAUGGUGAAGGAGGUCGUAAAACACAUGAACAAGCUGCAUUAAAGGCUAUCGAUGAUGCCGAUUGUGAUAGUAUAACUAAACGUCGAGUUAGAGAAGUACAUGAAGUACCUGGUGCUUUAUGGCAGAUCUAUGAUGCUCAUGAUGCUGACAAAAUCCGAGAUUUCCUCAAUAAGGUAGCAAAGGAGAAUGGAGAAACAAUAGAACCAGAUCAUGAUCCCAUACAUGAUCAGAGUUGGUAUUUAGAUGAGAAGUUAAGAGAGAGAAUAUCUAAAGAAUAUGGUGUACAGGGUUAUACUAUAGUACAGUGUCUUGGUGAUGCUAUAUUUAUACCAGCUGGAGCACCACAUCAGGUUCGUAAUUUACACAGUUGCGUCAAAGUAGCAGAAGAUUUUGUGGCACCUGAACAUCUAAAUCACUGUUUCCGUCUAACUCAAGAAUUCAGACAACUUUCUGACACCCAUUCGAAUCAUGAGGAUAAAUUACAGGUUAAGAAUAUUAUCUACCAUGCUGUUAAAGAUGCUGUAGCAGUAUUACGCGAUACAGAUCCUGAAGAUGAAUAAAACAAUACCCCUGGACUUGACAAUGCUGAUUAUUAAAUUAAUGUGGUGUUAAUUAUGUGUGAUACAACUCUACAAGGGGGAAUUUGGUGUUGUGGUUCUAUUAAUAUUUGAGAAAGUGACAACAAGUGGAAAGAAACUUAAAUUGCAAGGAUAUUGCAAUAACAGAACGGUUGUCAUUGUAAAUGGUUGUAAUAUUUUCUACAAAUUCUAGAGUAGGAGAGACUCUAUAUUUAAUAUUAUAAAGUGAGGUGACCAGCUGCAUAGUCCAAUCUGUUAUCAUAGACUAGUUAUAACAGACAAAGAAUAAUUAUUUAUAUAUUUGGUGCAUUUUAUUCUAUAACAUAAUAAGGACACAUGGCGAGAUAUUAGACUUUCAUCCAAUGGAUGAAAAUAAAACCGGCAUUAUUUUGCCAAGGAUUGUAGUGUAGCUGAGCAAGAUAAACAGACUUGUGUGUUAUUGUGCUAUUUUCAGAGACCACAAGAUUCUUGCAAUAUUUAUUUACUGGAGAAUAUAUUUGUGUUGAAAAAGCACACCAGAUGCUAUUGUUGUAGUUAUCACAUGCAUUCAUCAAAUGUAUGAUUGAUUGUUACUUUGAUUUUUGUCAGGGAAAUGCACCAUAUUUUUUGGUCUUAAAGAGUAAAAAUUAAUAAUGAUAAUAAUAUUGAAAAUGGUAAAUUAUUCUGUUAACCAAUUUAGCUAAUUAAUAUGUAUGGUUUAUAUCGAUAGAAAAAUGAAGCUGUUCUGUGGUUAUAUAUUGUACGUAGGUAAAAAGAUAUCUAUAUAUAAUAAAUAAUAUUAAAUCUAUUAGAUGUAUUAAUAUAUACAUUGAGCAGAAAUAUAUUAUAUCAUACAGAUAUUUGUAUUGUUAUGACAAAAGGCACAAUUAUAUAUGAGCCUGUAUUUUACAUGUAAUGUAAGCUUUAUGUUGAAAAUCUGGUAUUAACUGGGUAUUUAAUACCAGAUGUUCUUAAACAUAGCUUUUCAUGUCAACCAUUGUUGUUAACUUUUCACUUUCAUGUCCGUUUUUCAUUUCACAGUUUCAUUCAUUAUUUCAUCCAUUUAAUUACUGUUAAAGUUUCAUAUUUUAACAUUUGCUUUUGAAAUUGCUUUGUUAAUAAUUUGUCAACCAUUUUUUUUUUUUCGCAAUUAAGAUGUUAAUAGUUCUUGAAGAAGUUAAUUAUUGUUAGAGAGAUCACCAUUGCUGGACUCCUUAAAAUCUGUAAUAAGAAAUAUUUACAUGUGAAAGUCAACUCGUACAAAUCGAGGGGUAAAUGACAUCAUUAUCAUGAGUCCUAGCCAUGUACAUAAUAAAUAGAUUAUUUUUUUAAAAAAUUAUGUGAAAGUGAAAUGUACAUUUGUUUUAUGUGGUAUGGCCAAUCUGAAGUGUUUUGCAUAACAGCUAGGAGAUCUUAGAAUUGUCCUAUCCUUCUUAAUAAAGAAACACUUAUUUCCCUUGAAAUAAA